AUGGAACUGAGAGGCCAAGAUAAGGAAAUAGGGAUGCCAAGCUCUCUGGGUUACAAUCCACCUAAUAGAGAUUCCUCCUAUAAAGUUCCUUCUGCUUCCAUAAUUUCAACCUUCGGAGAAAGAAAGAGAGAUCAUCGUCAUCAAACUGCUACAACUCAAACCCUUGAACACCAUCCUCUUCCACUGAAUCGACAACAUCAAACUCCCAAACCCACUAGAGAUUCUGACCUAAUCCCAGAUCCAGCUUCAGCCUCGGCUCCACUUCCAAUUGCUGCCACAGGUGCAACCAACACUACACCUACUCCCGGUAGGUCCAUUUCUAGAUCACCACCACCACCACCACCACCACCACCAGCAUCAACCACUAUCACCACCGAAUCAAUAUCAUCAGUUAGAUAUCGAGAAUGUUUGAGGAAUCACGCGGCAAGCAUGGGAGGACUCGUCGUCGAUGGAUGUGGAGAAUUCAUGCCAAGCGGCGAGGAGGGCACCCAAGAAGCCUUGAAAUGCGCAGCUUGUGAAUGCCACAGGAACUUUCACAGAAAAGAGAUUGAUGGAGAACCACCACAAUGUGCAGCCAAUUAUUACUACAAAAACAAUAACCAAAGAAAUACAUUACCUCUUCCUCAACAACUCGCCACUUCACUUCCUUCACCACAAGCUCCUCCUCUUCAAUAUCAUAGAUACCCCCGUGGUUUUUCUUUUAGCGUCUCCACUGCCCCAACUGCACCUAUGAUGAUGACCUUCGGUGGCGGAGGGGGCAGUGGUGGAGCGGAGUCAUCAAGUGAAGAUCUCAAUAUUUUUCAGUCAAAUUUGCAGGGGGUAAGAUCCAAGCGGCCGUCUUCGUUGAAGAAGAGGUUUAGGACAAAGUUUAGCCAAGAACAGAAGGACAAGAUGAUGGAAUUUGCAGAAAGAUUGGGAUGGAAGAUUCAGAAACAAGAUGAGCAAGAAGUGCAGCAGUUUUGCUCACGAGUGGGUGUAAAGCGAAAAGUUUUCAAGGUUUGGAUGCAUAACAACAAACAAUCCAUGAAGAAAAAGCAAAUGUAAGAGCAAUUCUAACCCUUGAAAAACAUAUAUUAUCGUUACUGAAAGAUAAUAUAUUUGUGUCUACAAUAAUAGAUUAUAUGUGCAUAACCGAUCAAAUAAAAGGGAUGAUCAAUAUAGGUUAGCAGUGGCUAUUAAUUUUUCCCCCUUUCA